GACUUGCGCAAGUUAUUUCAAUAAUAUUAUGUUCAUUCAGUUUCCCGCCAACAUUCAACAAAUUUAUAGUCAGAAAUUAAGAAAAGUAUGAAACCUGAUAAAGAAAAUAAAAAAGUUGGUAUAAGCAGAGAGAGGCUUAUAAACAUAAGCGAUAGACUGAGAAUUGCUAAUUUGCACAAAAAGGAGCUGAAUUUCAAGUUAGUUGUUAUUGGGGACUUUGGCGUAGGUAAGACUUCAAUUAUCAGCCGAUAUACUGAUGGCGAAUUUUCUUCAUCCUACAAAGUAACAAUAGGCGCGGACUUCGCAGUAAAAACUUUAGAAUGGGACGAGGAAACAAGAAUUAAUUUACAUUUAUGGGACAUUGCCGGUCACGAGAGGUUUGGAUCACUCACUAGCAUUUUUUACAGACAUUCAGUUGGAGCCGCAUUAGUUUUUGAUCUCACAAGACCUGAGACAUUCACUUCCAUUAAAAAGUGGUUGACAGAUCUAAGGAAAAAGGUAUCACUGCCGGGAGGCCAAAGCAUACCAACAAUUUUACUAGCAAAUAAGGGUGACAUCACUACCAAAACAGUUCCUGAAGAAAUCAAUGAUUUUUGCAUAGAGAAUAAUAUACUGGGUUGGUUUGUUACAUCUGCAAAGAGUAACAUUCAUAUUGAUGAAGCAAUGUUGAGAUUAACGAAUGUAGCCCUACAAAAUCACCACAGUUUACAGUUUCCAUUGAUCACAGAUGAUGUUAUAAAAUUGCCAUCACAAAAUGGCAAAGGAAUGUCAAAUGGAACUUUAUCCCAUAAUUUGAACAAGAGAUACUUUUGCUGCAGAUCUUAGACAAACUAGAUGAUAUAUUAAAUGCUAAAACAGGUUUUAAUUAAAUCAAUAUUGAUAUCCUUAAAAACUAAAGCUUUCAGGCUGUCUGAAUGUUUUAAGAUUUGUACAUGUAAAAACCAUAUUUAUUUAUAAAAUAUGCCUCUGUAGUUAGGAAUCUCACAUAAAAAACAAAAAU